AGUUUAAUCUAUGUGAUAUCUAUGCUUCGUCUGGUACUGUUUGUCCCGCAUGGCACCCUAAAUAAUUUCGUGUCUAAAAAGUCAAGAUACCAACCUUAACAUUCACAAUUUAUGCAAACGGAGAGCCCUUCAAAUGUGGUCGGCCUUCUUUUCCCGCGGUGCCGGUUACCACGUGUCCAAACCUCUGAGUCGACCAUGUGGAGCAGCAAGAUGGCGGCACAGUCCAAUGCCGUAGACCGGGCUUUAAAUACCGGCAACGUGGACUUUCUGACCACUACAAGCCCUUGCCAGAUUGGCCAAUGUGGGGAUGAUGUGGGUGGGGAGGACAUGGAUACCCAUACCUGUGUGGAUCACUCUAUCCUGGCCAUUUUUGAGGAUUCCGCCACUUCAUCAGAGGACACUAGGCAAGCAGAGGAAGAGAGUGAGAAUUUGCUGUCUGCCCUGACUCAGAUGUUGGAGGGUGAGGUGGAUGAUGUCAGCAGCACUCUUUCUCCCUUUGACACCCUGCCAGACACCAAGCUUCUCAACUAUCAGGAGUUUGGGAACAACAUGACGACAACUGAUGUACCCUUUGUCGCCAAACUUCGACCAAGAGUUAAGAUUGACGCAGGAAAACAGGACAAGCGGAAAGUAGCCAGACUUCAGCCGGUGUUCCAACAACAAAAUCAUAUAUUGUUUCAAGGCCCACAUAAGAAAGCAGAUAGCAAAGUGGAUGUCUUCACUUCUUCCUCUCUGGUCAACCUGGUGAAACUCAUGCACCCCUAUUGCCUUAAGAUGUGCGUGGAGGAGGAGGGGAGGGGCCAGCAGGACAAACUACAGAACAAACGCACAGUGUUCUCCCAAGGAGAAAUAUGGAAGUAUGAGAAGCCAACUGAAGACAGCGAUGAAGACAUAAAUGUUGUAUCUGAUGAUGAUACAGCCAUGAAAGAGAAGGAGACAGAGGAGGAUAAAGCGGGGGCUACUAAACAAGAUAGCAGCACACCGCUAAAAAGUGCACUGCAUACAGGCAGAUCACCCAGAAGUAUUUUGUCCAAAGUAAAAAAAAGAGUCAGCUUUGGCCCUGUUCAAGUUGCUUCGUUCGAUCAGCUUGUUGAAGAUGGAGACGAGAAGAAUCUUCCCAGUAUAUCCUCUUCAGAUACACCUGUAAGUCUAGUUGCUCCCUUACUCAUAGCCCCAACGACAGCAUGUAAAUCAGUAGACAAUGAUAAAAGGGCUGAGGACCCACCACCAAAAAGUACGGUCAAAGCCAAAUCGCUAAGCCUCCAAGAGUACAGACAGCUGCAAAAGAAAAGGCAGCCUCUGAUUGAGAAGCAAGGGAACUACACCACCAAAUGGCCUUCAGUUCCCCAGCCACCCAAAGAACUGACCCCCAUUAUCUGUUCACAUGGUCAUAGACAAAACCUCUGCGAAAUCAAGUCUUCACCCCAAACAGAUCUGCCCGGAUUCGAUGCGUAUUCAAGCCAAAGAGCAGCUUCCUGGAUAUCUUGUCAUUAUCCUUCCAGACCGAUAGAUGGUAAACCAUCGUAUGCAGGUAGACCUCACAGAUUGAAAUCCAUUCGAAGUGAAUACAAACACACCUCACAUGAUAGUCCAAAGUCUAAGCACACUGAAACCACUUUUAAUGGAGCUGCAAUUAAGAAAAGUCUGUUCAAGAAUCCAACGCUGCUCAGCACCGAUCCCCCGAACCCUGUCCUCAUUCGCUUGCCUGUUAAACAGACUACCACCCCAUCAAAUUCCCAACCUUCACCCAUGUCCUCUGUUGAACUACAAAUGCAAGUAAGCACAGCAGAACCUCAGCCAUGUCACAAAGUGAAAGAAGGGUGCCCAAUUAUACCUCAAACAAAAUUAACUUUUGCGAAAAGGGAACCAAAAAGCCAUACUGUAGUGUCAAAGAUCUCCCAGUCAGUAAUUCCAAAGCCAGUCAUGUGUGACCAAAGUCAGCGAGUCGUUGAAGAAUUACCAGAGGGUGCCCUAAGUUGUCCUCAGCCACAAAAUCCACUUCGACAUACGUGUAGUGAGCAAAGUGCUGCAACUGACUCGGGGAUUGAAGCCUCUGAUCUUACCAGCUUGUUGGAGCAGUUUGAGGAAAAACAAGCUGAAGAGGGCAAGCCAUCUAUCUAUUCAAAUAUUUCACCCUCAAAUCUGCGCGGAGACAUGCAAAGGACAACAGUAAAGACUUCCACAAAGGACCAGGAAGCUGUCAGAAUGUUAUAUGAUCUGGAGCCCCACCAAAAGUCAGAACACGUUACCCCGGAGCCUCUUGGCACUGAAGUCAUUGUCGACACUCAGGAAGUCAUCAAUGUAAAACGGAAAGCAUCACCAUCCAAGCGGAUUCAGAUCAUUGAUCCACGCCCUCUGCCACCCAGAAGGUCAAAUGCUUCAGAGCUUGUGGCGUCUCCUCACACGUGUUCAUCUGUGACUGCGGAUCAUGAUUACUGCAUGCCUGUGCAUAACAAAGCUCUUCCUCCUCUUGUCAAGAAUAAUUGCCAAGUCAAGGAGACCCCCUCUACUGUUAAGUGCAAUCAAGUCUCCAUAAAGAAAUGUAACUCUCCCAUCACAGCUGAUGUAAGAUGCCAGUCAGCCUUGUCCAAAUGCGCAGAUCCUGCCCCUCCAUGUACCCCACUUACGCCUCCACCUAGCCCUCCAAUUCGAGGACUGGAGAAGGGCAGAUAUCCACUAAGAAGCCCCUCCUCGGACAGCUCUCGUUCAUCUUCGUCGUCAUCUUCUAGCUCUCCGUCUCGUUCCCCAAAAAGACGAAGGUUUCAUCACAAGCAUUCAGGAAGUAGAUCGUGCUCUUCGUCCCCUUCCCGUUCAGUCUCCCGCUCUCCCCCUCGACGGCGCAAACAGACUUCUUCUCAUUUAAGAUAUAGCAGAUCGAGAUCCCGAUCCUGGUCUCGCUCCAGGUCACCGUCUCCUUCACCAACUUUUUGCAUGAGCAGGAGAAACAUUUACAGCCACAGAGAGUCUUGGAAGCUAAAGCGGGAACACAAGGCGCGACUUCAGAAGCUGAAGGCUAUAGAUGAGCGCAGAGUCGUUUACGUUGGCCGCAUCCGUAGGUCCAUGACGCACGAUGAACUGAGAGAGCGCUUCUCUCAUUUCGGAGAGGUGGAAUGUGUGUCACUGCACUUUAGAGAGAAAGGUGACCAUUAUGGCUUUGUCACAUUCUACAACACGGGGGAUGCCUUUGCAGCCAUCGACAAUGGCGGGAAACUAAGAAGGCCUGACGAGCUGCCCUUUGACAUCUGCUUCGGUGGAAGGAGACAGUUUUGUAAUUCGGACUAUGCUGAUCUAGAUGCAAAACUGGAUUCAGAGCCAUCUCCAGCCAAGAGCAAGUUUCAAGAGCUGGACUUUGAUUCGUUACUGAAACAAGCCCAAAAAGGACUGCGGUAGCAGUGCAGACUUGGGGACAGAAGAUGAGAGAAAACCACUGACCUCAGAGAUCUUUUUGUUUGCAUUUACAAUAUGUAGCAAUGUUUUGUGUUUAACCCAACUAAGCCCACCCCAAAAGCUCUUUUUUUGCAUGUUGUACUUAUUAUGUUGCACUCAUCCCAGCAUGCAUCGGUGUCAACUGAAUAUAUUUGUUACAUUCCCUAACAGAAAAUGUUUAUAUCUAAAAACAAUAAAUGUUUGUUUACGCCAAUAUUUGG